AUGUCAGAGAGGAGUGAGAUCGAUCGAGCAAGACUAAGACCAUCAUCCGUUUUAAUUGUUGAAGACAACGCGGCGAAGCGCAGGUCCAGAUUGAAGCAAAGUCAAGAAUCUGAGAGUAAUGACACCGGUCAACAGCCAGUCACAGAGCGUGAUGGUGGGGAGGGACAAGGGGCAGUCAAAGCCGGCGAAGCCGCUCCAUCCCAUGGCGAUCUGACCGCUGAACAACAAGAGUCCUCUACCGUUAUGAUGGCGCCCCACCAGCUUGAAUAUUACUAUCAUGGUACUAUCGCUGGGCAAUCCCGUUCGCAGUAUGACGGUGUGAUUGCUUCUCAUCAGCCGUCUUCGUCUACCGGUUACAAUGAUGAUGGUGGUCAGAGUGAGACUCAGACUGCCACGGAUGAUUACAGUCAGCUAUGGGAUUACCUGAGCUUUCACUAG